AUGGGGCCCCCCCGGGGGCCUCUGGGGGCCCCCCAGGGAGUAGACGAUCCCCGGAGAGAGCAGCGGAGACAGCAGCAGCAGCAGCAGCGGCGUACGCAGCAUCGGAGGCAGCAACUGGCGCUCAGCGUAGAAGCUCGCGAGAAAGGUAUCGAUCCCGGGAUCGAUCCGGCGAAAGGAGACGAUCCCGGGAUCGAUCUCCCGAGAGGCGACGAUCCCGAGAUCGAUCCCGAGAUCGGAAGCAUCGCCUAUCUCCUUAUAGGAAGGCUGCUUCGUAUCGUAAUCGAUCUCCUGUGGGGCGAUCCUCGUGGGGACGAUCCCCCAGGAGACGAUCUCCCAGGAGACGAUCCCCACAGAGACGAUCCCGCGGAAGGCAGUCUCCCCGGUGGUCUCCUUUUAGGCGGGACUUCAACCACGGGGACCGGGGCAUGCGGAGACGAUCCCAAGAGAGACGAUCCCAAGAGAGACGAUCCCACGAGAGGCGAUCCCACGAGAGACGAUCCCAGGGAAGACGAUCCAACGAGAGACAGCAGCCUCACCGUGCGAAGUCUUCCUGGGGGACCGCCCCUCCUUCUUCAAGGCGAUCCCAGGAGAGACGAUCCCAGUAUUGGCGCCAUUCGCCCCCCUCCAGGCACAACGCCUCUCCCCACAGACGAUCCCCUGCACGAUCCCCGGGACGAUCCCAGAGGAUCUCGCCGGGGCGGAGACGAUCCCCAAGGCGCUCGAGGUCUCAAGAUGGCCACCACACCAGGAUUGCCUCCCCAGGGAGUCGAUCCCCGAGGAGGCGAUCCCCGGGCAGUCGAUCCCCGAGGAGACGAUCCCCAGGCCGACGAUCCCGAUCCCACGAGGAGACGAUCCCACGAGCGACGAUCCCCAGGGAGGCGCGCAGGAGCUCAGCCACAGCCGCAGCUACAGCAACAUCAACAGCAGCAGCAACAGUGCUCCUCAGGAGCAGCAGAUGCUGCAGCGGCAACAGAGGCGGCACCAGCAACACGGACAGUGCCGAAGCGCAGGGAAGGGGAAGCAGCAGAGUUCACAGCGGCAGCAGCAGCAACAGCAGCAGCAACAGUAGCAGCAGCAGCGGGGCCAGCAGCUGCACAGCCCCCUGAUGUCCCACCUCCUAAUCUUCCUGAUGGACCUCUUGGGGGUGCUGCUGCGGCACUUCGUGGUGCUGCUGCUGGUGCUGCAGCACCUGCUGCUGCAGCACCUGCUGCUGAGGGUCCCCGGGUCUCGCAGCUGCCCGCAGCAGGUGAAUGGAGCAGACGUGGAGACAACGCACCUCAGUUUGCCGGCAACAGCAGCAGCAGCAGCAGCAACAGCAACAACAGGGAAAGGAGCAGCAUCAGACGGUGGGACCACGAGCAGCAGCAGCAGCAACACCCUCAGCAGCAGCAACAGCAGCAGCUGCAGAAGCAGCGACAGCAGCAACCGCAGCAGCAGCAACAGCAGCAGCAGCAGCACGAAUCCGCAGUGUCUAGCACGGCCAACUCUGAGGGCAUCUCUUGGGGCAGCGGGCGAAGGGAUGGUGUGGCAGCAAUGGGCUCAGCAGCAGCAGCAGCAGCAGCAGCAGCAGCAGCAGCACAGACCCACACAGAGACUGUCAGCCGCUUCGCAGUGGAUGACGCUGGUGCUACACGGCGUCAGUCGCAGCAGCAGCAACUUCAGCAGCAGCUGCUGCAGCAACGACAGGCGAAGCAGCAGCAACAACAGCAGCAGCAAAACCGGCAGCGUGCCCAGCAGGAACCGGUGCUGCAUCAGCGGCAUCAGGAAUGGCAGCGAGAACAGCAGCAGCAACAACAACAGCAGCAGCAACAGGAGCAGCAGCAGCAACAGAAGCAGCAGCAAAUGCUGCAGCAGCGGCAAUCACAGGGGGAGCAGCAAAGGAAGAAUGAAGAGCCGCGGGAAGGGGGUGAGAUGCAACCAUUGCGUGGUGCCUCUACAGCAGAAGCAGCAACAGCAGCAACAACAGGAGCGCGUGCUGCAGCAACAGGGCCGAUGAAAGAAACUACGUCUUGCGCAGCAGCAGCAGCAGCAAGAGGGAGUGUGGGGCCACAGGCUCUGUGCUGCUUCCACAGGGCACACGGACCCAGCAGCGUGGCGGCGUCGAAGCUGCCUUCAGAAGCAGCAGCAGCAGCAGCAGCGGCAGCAGCAGCACGAAGGCAGAGCAGCAGCAGCCAGAACGACUUCAUAAAACACAUAUUAAGAAACACUAAUAUGCGGGCGCAGCUAUCUUUUGCUGGAGGUGUCGAUUGGAGCGAUGCAUGGGAGGAGGAUUCAGCAGCAGCAGCAGCAGCAACAACAGCAGCAGCAGCAGCAGCAUCAACAGCAGCAGAAGACACGCUUGAAGAGAUACUUCGUCUCUGUAGCCAGACACAGCAAACAUCGAUUCCGCCUGUCCCCUCCAUCUACCCUCAGGCUGCUGCUGCAGAUAAAGAAGACGGGCUCUAUUCUGCUGCUGCAGCACCAGCUGCAGCAGCAGCUGCUGCUGCUGCAGCAGAACCAGCAGCAGGACCUGCAACAGAUCAUCUACCAACAGCUGCAGAUAAGGAAGCACAGCUACAGAGAGACAACUCAGGGAAGGGUGCUGCGCUCUUUGCUGCUGCUGCUGUAGCGUGUAGGCAGCUGCUCGCAGUGUCUCCUGCAGCACCAACAGCAGCAACAACGGCAGCAGCAUUGAGACCUGCUGCUGCUGCUACAUCUGGCAGCGCCCCACUCCCCAACAACCGGAACGGAGUUGGGGCAAACAGCAGCAAGGGGACAGCAGCAGCAGCAGCAGCAGCAGCGAGCAGCAACCUUCGCGCCGCAGCAGGGAAACCCAACCAGGCCUCAGGUGCAGCACCGCGAGCAGCAUACGCUGCAGCAGGUGCAGCACCGACUGCUGCUGCUGCUGCUGCUGCUCGUCUCGUACGUGCUCUUGCUGCAAGUGCUGCUGCUGCUGCUGCUGCUUCACCGCCACCCGAAACAGCGACUGAGGAAGCAGCAGUGAGAAUCGCUGCUGCUGCCUUGAAGGGAGUGUUUGCUCCGCGUUGCAGGUACACCCAGCAGCAGCAGCAGCAGCAACAGCAGCAGCAGCAGCAGCAGAACGGGGAAGACAGCAGCAGCUGCCUGCUGCAGUCUAUACCUAGUGCAGCAACUCUGCCUUUGUUCGCGGGCCCCAGUGAACGCAGCCAGACGGCAGCAGCAGCAGCAACAGCAGCAGCACGAGCAGCAGCAGCAACAGCCGCAACAACAGCACCAGCAGCGGCAGCAACAACAACAGCAGCAGCAGCAACAGCAACAGCAUCAGCAACAACAACACCUCCAGCAACAAGAACAGUAGCAACAUCACCGACAACAGCAGCAGCAGCAGCGGCACCAGCACCAGCGACAGCAGCAGCAACAGCAGCAGCAGCAACAACAUUAACAGCAGGACGGCGUCUGCCCGCUAUGUCUCCUGAGGAGGGAGGCUUAAUUCGUUCAUCAGGAGACACUCGAUUUGUUACGAGAGACACGGGGACCACUGGUCUGUUUAUUGCUUCGCAUGCAUUUGAGCUGGGGGGCCCAGCAGGAGCUGUGGGGUGUGUGCAGAUACACCCCAACGAGCCUGCUGUUGCUGCAGCAGCAACAAUCAGAGGCGACCUUGUCCUACUUGACUUAGCAGCUCUUUCUAUCCGCUCGUUGCUGCUGCCUCCCCUCCCCCGCAGCAGCAGCAACAGCAGCAGCAGCAGCAGGAAGGGGUGCUCGAGUUUAGCUUGGCUUGCAUCUCAGGGCCUCGUAGCUUCAGGCAGCAACGACGGCAGCAUUUGUCUCCACGACCCCCGCAUGCGGAGACAAAUAGACACGUGGAGGGCUCAGAGGGGACCUGUGCAGUCUCUCAAUGUUAUAGGCCCUUACGUUUGUGCUUCUGCUUCUUCUUGUGAAUCUUUUAUUAAUUUUUGGGAUCUGCGGGUGCCGCCUCGGGAUCGACUCGAUCCCAUCGAUCCCGCCGAUCCCCAGGCAUGGUUGUGGGAGUUGCUGCAGCAGGACUUCUCUCUUAUCUUGUGUCUCUCUGGUGCUGCUGUUUUUGCUGCUGCUGCUGUUGCUGCUGCUGCUGCUGCUGCAGGGCUUCUCUCUCACCCCGUCUGUGAGCUGUGGGAUCUGCAUGACACCAGCUACAGAGCGCAAAUGGCGGUGUGGGGAUCGUCUUGGGAUCGUCUCCAGCCUUACCCCACAACUCCAGGGAGACGGAGGAAACGAUCCCAACACGAUCCCCAGAAGUCCUCGCCUCUCUUCGCUAUGCCUGACUGUCUCUUCCCCCAGAUUCUGGCGGUGCAGACCCGCAGCAGCAGCAGCAGGAGCAACAGCAACAGCAGCAGCAGCAGCAGCAGCAGCUCUUACCGCAUUUUCCUUAAUAAUGCUUUUACUGAGGAGACAGGCCAAGCCAGUGGUGAGUUCAAAGAGACACCCCAAGGCGAAGCAAUGUCUCCUGAAGCAGCAGCAGCAGCAGCAGCUGGUGGUGCUGCAGCGGGUGCAGCAGAUGCAGGAGCUGCAGCAUCACUCAGCAAGAAGCCCCCAUGCGAGUACUCUGGCGGUGUUGCUGCUGCUGCUGGGGAUACCGGCGCUGCAGCAGCAGCACGAACAGGAGAGCCAUCAGCAGCAGCAGCAGCAGCAGCAGCAGCAGAGAGUGAAGAGGCCCUUAUGGAGUGGGCGCAGCGCGAAGCUGCUACCUUUGAGGGCCCUUUAGGAGGAGACAGUCGAUUCCCUUGCAGGGCCUUUUGCUGCUGUCUCUGGAGAGACAAAGUGCUGGGGGUGGGGGGCCCCAUGCAUAUGGGGGGGGCCCUUCAUCUGUGGGAUGCUGCUACAGGUUGUCUCUGUAGCAGCAGCGUGAGUUGCUUCAGCCAGCAGCAAAUCCGCUGUGUUGCUGCAGACCCCAGAGGAGGGCCCCUCGCACUUACAGGGGGCCUGUCUCCUCUUAAGGGUGGGGUUGUUGUUCUGUGGGCGUACCUCGCCCUUUCACAGAUUGAAGAUGCAGGCCUUCUCUGCCUUUAA